AUGUUGUCGGAUCCUCUUGUCCGGUCGGGCCGGGGUAAAAGCAAGAAGAGCAAGACCAUCUGGGCGCACAUUUGGGCCGUGCUCAUGUCUAUCGUCGACAUGGGAUCAGGUCGCUAUCUAUACGCAAUGUGGGCUGCCAAGAAGGAGCAGGAGAAGAAGGAGCUGCAACAAACACAGCGGUGUCAGUCCCAGGUGGUUGCUGGGGAUGCUCCUGCAGUUCCCUGCCAAUGUUGCCAAACGAUAAACAGUCUUUAA